AUGCUUUGUCACGCGCUUCUCACCGCUGCGCUGGUCGCAGGCGCUGCAAGCAAACCCAUCACUGCCAGGUCUGGAACCUGCCAGACUGAGGGAGCACUACUCUGCAAUGCCGAUGGCAGCAAGUUCGCCAUUUGCAGCUGGGGUCAGGCAGUCUUCCAAGAUGUGGCCGCAGGAACAUUGUGUGUCUGCACCGCUCACGACAGCGAGCUCUGCACCAUCGCUGCAGCGGACUCGCAACCCCCAACUGCUCCAGCACCUCCACCAUCGCGUCCUCCACCGGUGCCCACCAGCAAGCCGGCUCCACCGGCUCCCUCCCACCCAGCGCCCGCGCCAAAACCAGCACCACCAGCGCAUUCAGGCGGCGCAUCCCACUACACGACCUUCCUGGGCAACGGCUCACCAUCCCAGGGCUGGCCAACCGUAUCCGACUGGCAAUCCUUCGACGACCUCUGGACGGCCAACGUCGAGACUAUGAAAUCAAGCUGCGCUCAAUUCGACCAGGAGGACAACUCUCCCGAAGAGAUCGCAGACCUCCGCGCCGCCAUCCUCUCGGAGUCCAGGUCAGCAGGCGUUGACCCCCGUUUUGCACUCGCAACCAUGAUGCAGGAGAGCGACGGCUGCGUACGCGUGUGGUCGACCAACUACGGAGUCAAUAAUCCAGGCCUCUUCCAGUCGCACAACGGCCAAGGAAGCUGCUUCAACAGGACGCCCUGUCCGAAGUCCGAGAUCGUUCAGAUGGUCAAGGAUGGUGUCUCCGGCACCGCUGAUGGACCACUCUUGAAGGGCGUCAUUGCUCAGGCUGAGGAUGAGGGCGACGAUGGCGUGCAGGCGAUGUACGCCGGCUUGAGGAUGUACAACAGUGGGAGUGUGGCGGCGAGCGGGAAUCUAGAGGAUGGGAUUGCGACGCAUUGCUAUUUUAGUGAUAUUGCGAAUCGGUUGACAGGGUGGAGCGAGGGGAGUACUGGUUGUACGCUUGAUGCGUAG